AUGGUAGACGAUAAUUUCCACUGUGACUCCGUCACAGUGGCGCAGGUUCAAGCCGUCAGCGAUGUCACUAUUGUUCCGCGACCAACACCACUUUCGCCACAGCCGGAAACAAAUCCGCAGGACACUCUUACACCCGACUUGUAUCAGGCUCCUCUAGAGACCGUUGAAUUCACUCCUCGUCCGAUAGAUCGGGCUCACGCCACGGACUUCCCAGACUUCAUGGGCUAUCGCCCAUCAGAUGCAAGAACAGUCUCUUGGGUUGACCGAGAUUUGUGA